GGCGACGUAAGAAAUUUGGCCGAGCUCAUACUCUUUCUUACCAAUCCCAGCUAUUCUGCCAAAAGUUGAUCCUGGGAAGAAAAGCUAUUUAUUUUUCGUCCUCUGCUAAAAGCAGGCGAGAGGGACAGAGGCUGAGAAACCAUGCAUUAUGCUGUCUUUCUUCUUUUGCUUUUGAUAUCGAACCACCGAGACCUGGUCACUGCUGAUCCUGCUGCUGACUAUCAAGGAACCUCAGAGCAAGAUGACUGGUGUGAUAACCCCAGCGCCAUCCACAAGCGCCUGGAUACUAUCCAAGAGCACCUGGAAAAAACCGUGGAUCAUUUGGACUCCGAAGUCAAGUCGCUGCUCAAUGAUGUUAGUGAAACUGCGUGGACCAAGCCGCUUGCUCCUGGGACGCCAUUGGUAGAUCUCUUUGGAGACCCUAGUUGAGCUUCCAGACGAUGAACUGAAAAUCCAGAUUCUGAACUUUACAUCAUCGGAGCCAGUCUUUAAGUUGCCUUUUGCAUCAACCUUGAAAACCAAAGCGGUCUAUAAAAUAUUGAGAUGGA